AUGGGUAUGGCAGUUUGCAUAUUCUUUGCACUUGGGAAAGGCUUGGGGCUCCAUGCAUAUGAAAUUGCCCCAGAGGAUGAAGUCCCGCUCAACAAAGCGACAUAUACAUUCGUGAUUUUCUAUGACUCAGCAUCUACAGCUGCAAAAAGCUCCAUUCUCACCUUCUUCCUCUCUCUGACCCAUGGUCGGAAGGUGUUUCAUUUCGUGAAUUACGCAACACUUUUCGUGGUUGCUGUUGUGGGUAUGGCCUUGAUACUGGAACAGAUAUUUCACUGUCAUCCACUGUCCGCCGCAUUCAGGUUUGGGACUCAAGAAGGACACUGCGAAGGCAUUUUUGCAUCUUUUCUAGCUUCAUCCCCAUACAAUAUCAUCACGGAUUUUGCAAUCUUGUUGCUUCCUAUCCCGCUUUUGACGCGCAUGACAUUGCCCUUCCGACAAAAGGUGAUACUGGUGUUCACUUUUAGCCUCGCCAUUUUUGUGAUUCUGGUGGAUCUCACUCGUAUGGCCUUCCUCGAGCACAACGCCGUAGUCCAGCUUCGACUGCAUCACGGAGCCAGUGUAGGAACGGUUGGCGACGAAGAUUACACAUGGAGAUUCCCAUUUGCAUUCAUGUGGUCCACUGUGGAAGUUAACAUGACUUUAAUCUGCGCUUGUGUCCCAACCUUGAGACCUCUCGCUGCUCGAUUCAGCCCAUCUCUGCUCCGGAACCCAAGGGAAAAGUCUGAAAUCGAGGAGGGGACUUUGGAAGGAUCCCAACAGGUCCCAAGCAGGGGUGAAGCCGUUGCCGGAGAGUUGAUGGAUGUCAUCACAUCUCGUACAGAGGCAGAGGCAGAAGUUGAACAAGCGGCCACAAGAGGCACCACUGACCCAUUCCAGAAGGAGGAGGAACCGCCGAUCAUCAACGUACUUAACAGAAGACCGGCAUCGAUGCUGAGGCUGAAUGUGAAGGAAUCUGUCCCGCCUAACGUUCUACUUACCACGCUCUUCUUCUUGUGGGGAUUUGCAUAUGGCCUCAUCAAUGUUCUCAAUAUCAGAUUCGGAUCUCUUACCCAAUUAAGCCCAUGGCAAACAAGAGGGCUCCAUGCAGCGUAUUUCGGAGGCUAUAUGGCAGGAGGCAUCUUACUAGGUCGACCCCUUCUGAAGAAACUGGGCUUUGCGGGUACUCUGAUUGCUGGUCUUUACAUUUACGCUUGCGGUGCACUUAUUUUCUGGCCGUCAGCGGUUCGAGGAUCUCUGCCAACGUUUGUUGUAUCUAAUAUCGUGGUCGGAUCUGGACUCGCUCUACUGGAGACGACGGCAAACCUUUUUAUAGCCAUUUGUGGACCGCUCGAAUAUUCCGAGGUACGAUUAUGUGUCGCGCAGUCUUUCCAAGGUAUUGGUGAUAUUUGUGCUACAGAGUUGGCACAGAAGGCCUUAUACAAGAACCCCAAGGACGUUGCAGAAGUAGUCAAUGCGCAGUGGACAUAUCUGGCUAUCGCCUUUGUUGCCGUCCUUCUCUCCGUUGUCUUCUAUUACCUGCCACUGCCUGAAGCUCCGAAUGACGAUCUGAGACGGGUGGCUGCUCAACGUCCUGAAAACAGAGCCAAGGUCCUGAAAUACCGGACCUGUAACGUUACAUUUGGAUUGGGAGUUUGGUCAAUGUUCUUCUACGUUGCAGGACAAGAAGCACAUCUUGUCAAUUUUGUGGAUUAUGUGACAUAUUCUGACCCGAGCUCAAGUGUCUCAUCAAACGAUCUUGGAGCCGUCGGCUCUACGGUAUGGACCAUUGGGCGUCUUGCAACGGCGUUCAUUAUGUGGAAAUUAUUGAAGCCUCGAUGGACGUUGUUUAUCUUGUAUAUUGCGUCAAUAGUCUUUGGGGCUCUUUGCAUAUAUACGACCGGACAGACUGCUGUUGUCAUGGCUAUGAUGGUCUUCCUUUUCGCCAGUGGCAUCUUUCCUAUCCUGUUUGCAAUUUCAGUGCGUGGAACAGCGCAACAUGCAAAGACAGCUGCAUCUCUCUUGGCUGCAAGUAUCGGUGGUGGUGCGUUUGCCCCCUUUGCACAGCAUGCUGCUGCUGUGAGUCGCGGCCAGCCUUGGUCCUACAGCACCAUCGUUGCUCUGUGGAGUGCUGCAGCUAUAUUUGUCGUGUAUUUGAACUUUGUGCCUCAAGCAAAGAGGCAGGUUGAUCCAGUAAAGGAUGAUUAUAUCAAGGAGAAGUAG